AUGACGAAGGUGAAUAUCAGCACAACCACCAAUCCUAUCACAAUCCCUAUCCUAGCUGCUACUUCUAGCACUGCUUCAUUGGCGAAUGCUGAUGAGGUAUCCAUUAUCCCAGCCUUUGUAGUGAGCCACUGCGUUGACCCAACACUAUCUUUUUUGUAUUCCUUUUCUAAGCCACCAGUUGAUUCUGGAGAAUUGGAGGCUGGAGCAUCAGCAGCAAUGCCAAGUGUGAAUAGUGCUCCCGGAGCAGAUCCUUCUUCUGCCAGCAACCUCUUACGCAUUUACAGCGAAUAUCUGCUCAACGUUUAUUUGCAAAGUGAUCCAGACACUCGAUGGUGUUCUAAUGGCUGUGGGUGA